AUGAGCAUUGAUCGUUGGAAGUACCGCACCACGGCGGUAAAGAUUGCUGGGAGAUGGGAGUUGGUAGAGCUUCAACAAGAUGUGAGCAAGUUGGAAGAUUUAGAAGAGAGUUUGCCGGGUGUGCUCUAUGCCACGAAGACUUUAACGAUGAUACAACGGCGCCCGAGUGAUCCCGAAGAUGUUGGUAUGACUGUCCUGGAAGAUCAUGGUCCUCAGCCCCUUGCCUCGAAUCCCGUGCUUCGUGAACCCAGGUUGCCAGUGGAACUUCAAGCUGACGAAGGCAUGCCGGAUGAUGCCAAUCUGUCCGAACAUGGAGAAGCCGAAGUGGCUCCAGCUGCACCGGGGAUCGAGUUGCAAGGACCCAUUCCAGAAGAAGUAGAGGUUGAGGGAAGAAGGUUGUCAGCCAAUUCUACCGCAGCCGAGUUGAAGUUGGUUUGCAAAGCUUUGGGCAUUGGGUCUAGCGGUUCCAAGACGGUGUUGUACAAGAGGAUUACAAAACAUGUUUGGCGAAGAAGGUUGGAGGAUGAGUUGGCCCUUCAAGAAGCAGCAUCGUUGCCUGUUCGAACACCAAAACCUGAAGCCGUUCCUCACGAACCGAGCCCUGAAGAGGUGGCCAAGCAUCGUUUGACACACAUUCCAUACAAGUCCUGGUGUCCUCUUUGCGUAUCUACCCGAGCGAGAAGGGAUGGCCAUCGUGAAGGUGGUGAAGCGCAUCGCUCUGAAGGCAGUUGGCCAGUGAUGAGUUUGGAUCUGAUGUAUAGCUCGGUGGAGGGUGACACUUUGGAUUGCAUGAGGACUUCUCAGUUGAAACCCAAAGAAGGAAAAAUGAUGGUCUUGGUUUGUGUGGAUCGAUCAACUGGAAUGCUGCACGGUGUUCCCCUUCCGUCCAAAGAGCAACAGUGUCUUCAGUACGCGGCCAAAGAAGUGCUUUCCUUCUUGUCCUAUCUUGGACGAACCGAGGUAGAGAUACGAGGAGACAAUGAACCAUCGAUGACAAUGCUCAUGGACAAGAUCGUGACUGCCAGGACCGCUGCAAAGCUUGCUACUAGGAAGUCCCCGUCGCAGCCCCACGAACACCAAACCAAUGGGGCAGCUGAACAGGCAAUCUUGAGUUUGAGGGACAUUGGAAGUACUUUGCUCCAACAAGUUCGCGAGUGUGGGUAUGUCUUGAGCAACGAGUCCGAUCUUGUGCCCUGGGUGUAUACACAUGCUGCUACCCUUCACAACCAGUAUGCAGUGAUGGCGGGAACUACACCGUAUGAACGUGCCUUUGGUGUGCAGUAUCGGGGGAAACUUGCCAUGUGGGGUGAGACCGUGUACUUCAGUCUGUCCGAUCCUCAUAGACGAAAGGGCAAGGAGAAGUUUGUUAAAGGAAUUUUCUUGGGGAAGACGAUGCAAAAUGAUCUCAAUAUCUGCGGGACCGCCCUGGGAAUUUAUCUGAGUUCGACAAUUCGGCGCCUACCUGAAUCACAACAAUGGGAUCGGAUCUUGCUGAAAGAGUUCAAAGGAAAGCCUUGGAGAUAUGGUCUCGCAGGGAUGGGUCUCAAAGUGAUCCCAGGUUUGAAAGAACGAGCUCCACAGCCAGCUACGAUGCUGGAACCUAUGGUGUCGGUCGCCCCGGCUCCAUCACCAACGCCACCGCCGCCUGUGGUGACCGAAGGACCCGUGGAUGAAGCUGCCUCUGACCCUGAGUCUUCGGCAAGUGCCAGUUCAGAUAAGAUGACCACCGACAGUGAGAGAAGACCGGAAUCCCAUGAAGAUCGAAAGCGUGAACGAACAGAAAGGGAAGAGGAAGCUCCAGGGUCGAAAGAAGCACGUACAUCAGGAUCAGCAGUGGAGACAGGAGGGGAAGAUGCACCGACAGAGUCUGUUCAAGAGCCUAAGGGUGAAAAGAGGUUGCAGGCUCCACCGUUCUAUGCGGGAAGUGAAAGUCCAUCGAAGCGUGUUCGAGCAGUCAAAGUAGGAGAUGCCGAGUAUUAUGUGGGAGAUGAAGACCUAGAUGAUUGGUGGAACAUGGUAGAGUUUGAUGCUCGGUAUUUCGAGGAAGAUGACUGGAUGGACUACAGCCCGGAGAAUGACCCCGAAAAGUUGUGGGAAGGCCAAGAUGAAAAUGAAGGACCUCCUGUUCUUAGCCCUGAACAGCUAGAGGAAGUAGAAGCUGUGUCCAGGAGUGAUGAACUGCAUCGACUCCUAGAGAUGUCCGUGUUGGAAGCAAUGGAUGAAGCGGUGCAUGUUCCCAAAGAGAAGCUCCUCAAGACACGUCAUGUGUACGACUGGCGUUUUCGGUCAAACAAGUGGCAACGUCGUGCACGCUUGGUCUGCAAGGAACUCAAAGCAUGGUCACCGUUCCGACAGGACACAUAUGCACCGAGUACAUGUCCUUCGAUGCUGCGCGUGCUUCCGCAUAUGUUUGUGAGUACCCCGGACUAUGUCUUACGAUCGUUUGACGUGAAGGAUGCUUUCCUCACUGUAGAUCAGAAAGAAGAACUGUUCGUAGAGCUCAACGGGACGAUUUACAAGGUACGAAAGUGUUUGCCUGGUCAACAGUUAGCUCCCGUCCAUUGGCAUGACCAACUGAGUGAGGACUUGGCUCGCUGCGAUCUCAAGAGCAACGUGGCGUGCCCCGUGGUAUAUGGUGGUGAGAAACUUGGUGCCACGAUUCAUGUAGAUGAUGGACUUCUUGGUGGAUGUGAAGAUCGUGUCAACAGUGCUGUGAGUGUCUUGCAACAAAAGUACCGCCUAGAAGUGAGCCCCGUUGUGAAGAACAUUGGCGACCAGCUGAAAUUCCUCAAAAGGACUCUGGAAGUGGUAGAAGAUGGGUUGAAAAUCCAUAUCGACGCAAAGUAUAUUGAGAAGGUGGUUAGCAUCUUGGGCAUCACCAAUCCCCGUCAUCGUAAGGUACCCGCGACUUCUGACUUGACAAUGAAAGACGAGUCGGAGUACUUGGACGAGGCACAUGUUGGGCGAUACAGAGCAGCACUAGGAUGUUUGCUGUACAUCAGUCCGGAACGACCUGACGUUCAACAUUGUGUAGGAGUCCUAGCUCGUGGGAUGAGUAAGCCUACGGUGAAGCAGCUCAAGCACCUGAGAUACCUGACUGAGUAUUUGUAUGUAGAAGAUGUACAAGGAGAUGGCGAAGGACGGCCAGCUCGACUGUUGGAAGCCAUCAGUGACUCGGACUGGGCAUCUAGUGCAGACAGGAAAUCGAUAAGUUGCGGUCACCUGUAUUUGGAUGGGAACCUGAUGUUUUCUUAUUCAAGACGACAGUGCUCCAUAAGUCUCUCCUCAUGUGAAGCAGAACUCACAGCAGCCACCUCAGUGAUUGCCGAAUCGCUCUUCUUGAAGAACAUCCUCGAAAGUCUGUCUGAACACCCCGUGGAUCUGGUUGUGCGAUUAGACAACUCAGCGGCUCGCAGCUUGCUGGUGAAAUGCGGGGUGUCGAGGAUUCGACACCUGGAUUGUAGACUUCUUUGGUGUCAAGGGUUGGUGAAAGCCAAGCUCCUCUCAGUGAAACCGGUUGCCGGCUUGCAGAAUCCAGCUGAUGUAGCUACCAAAGUGUUGUCUUCAGAAAGAAUCAAAUAUUUGUUGGGUUUGGCCGGUAUGUACAACAACGAUGGCUUGAUUCAGUCUUCCAAACCUCCUAAUGUCAAAGUUCAAAGAGUGGCAUCAACAAUGGACAUAGAGAACUUGGUGCGAUCCGUUGUGUAUGCAGCCAUAGCCUUGAGCCAGCAGCGACCUGCAGAUGCGACCUCUACGAGCCUCGUGGGUGCUGCCGAGAUGAGCCCUGAAGGUGGAGAAGAGUUUCCCGAGUUGGUUGGAAUGUUGUGGAAUCUCCUGGUGUAUCGCGUCAUGGAGGGCUUGAUGGUUACGGAUGCAGCAGAUGGGACCAGCCUAUGGUGGUUGGUGGGAGGAGCAACUUUCCUCUUUCUCUUCAUGUUCCUCUUGGGUGUCAUGCUCUACUACCUGCCGCACGUGCAGAACGUGCUCACUUUGUGCGAUCGGUUUCGCACAACCCGCAUAUCUUCGACCCCGAAACGCGACAAGAAGUUGCCGUGUUCUCUCAGAAUGGCGAGUGCUACCACAAUCGCCCAUCCUGCCAUGGACUUCGACAGGCAACGAGCAGCUGCCAGCGCGUUCCUCUUCAUGAUGCUCUGGCAAGAGGACUGGCUCCGUGCAGAGUGUGCUGUGCCAGUCAUUGGGAUGUGUUCAACGAUUGGCUGGUGA